CCCUCGAUUAUGUGCUUGCAUUUUGGUUCAGUACGCCCCGAAAUGCGCCAGUCCAUGCACCUGUCCUCCGAAGAGAUCAACCCGUUCCGUUGGUGUGUUUUCCCGUCGAAGGCGAUCAUCAUGAAUCAUAAUGAUAGUGAUGAUGGUGGUAACCCUUCAAUGGUGUGCUCUUCACGUCCACAAUGGCAGCAAUUUCUCUGCGCACCACCACCACCACUAUCUUCAAGCUUAUAUCAUAUUGUCUGGAGGAUCGUCUCCUCUGACUGCGAGGAAUUGCCCCGAAAUGGAAUGGUUUGCGCACGAAGCCCUGAAUCUCACAUUCCCUGUUGUGAAGAUCACCACGAGAACGGAACAUAACGUGCGAUUGCUAGAAUCAUCCGAUAAAUUGGUUCAUAAAAUCAAGAUACAUCUUGUCGAGUACGUGGACGUAGAGAGGUCUCCGCCAACUCAUCCACCCAUGUAUACUAUACACCCAUUCCAAGUAAACGCCUGUAACGUCCUAACACCAAGGACAUGGAAACAAGGACAUGGACAGGGACACUAACAAACUCGAUCGGUCAGCCCCGAACGAGCCGGGAUAUCCAUAGUCGGUAACCAACGACCUCUAGUCUUCCGUCUUCCGAAUGUCAUAAUGUGUCAGAUCGAUCUCAUCGUUCAACCUCGGAGCACGCCAUCGCAUUGGUGGGCGAUC